CGGCAUGGUUGCGCUCGUACGUUGUAUGUUCCGCGUCGGUUCGCGUGACGUCUCGUCCGGUUGUUCCGCAAUCUCUCGCAGUUAUUUCGCUAAUAUCUGAUAUCGGUUACGUUUUAAUAUCUCGCGCUUAUUUUCGAGAGCGCUAUUGUACGCGAUAUUACCGCGAUACACUACCAAACGGCUAAUAAUAAUAAUAACGACAACAGUAUUUUGCUGUUGACUAUUAGACAAGACUCGCGGGUGCGAUUUACGCGCGACAAUGUUUCGCAGCAGGUGGACAGCGUCAAUGCUGUUGGUGACUGCCGUUUUUCUGUCGUCUGACAGUCAAUUGUGGACUCCGGUAACGGGAUCCAACACGUUCAUAGACGAAAACACCAAUUUAGCUGAAGACUUUUUUCCGGACGAAGGAGAACCGGCACCAAACAUCGAAGAAUACAGUAGCAUUUCCAAUUACGACGACUAUGACACUGAGACAAAUUCUUCUACUGCUUAUGAAACUGACAACACUGAUGUCCUUUUACCAAAAGGGAACAAAUCGAGCGUCAUGCAUUUCGUUCGGCAACUGAAUAAUAUUACAAGAGACUCAGGCAAGUCAGUUAAGCUCAAUUGCGAAGUAACCGGUGAGCCACCACCACUGAGGAUCCAAUGGUACAUGAACGAGGUGCCUGUCGGAGGAUCAGACGGUGUUGGGGGCGGUGGUGGCAGUGACGGCGGGAGUGGUGAGAAAAAAUCUAAGCCCCGACUAACGGUCAAACGAUUCCAGUCUAGGCAUAAGAACGGACUCGGGUCUCGGCUACGGAUCAACAAGCUGGAAGUGCACGACAAAGGAUUUUUCACGUGCGAGGCCACAAACGGCAUUGAAAAAAUACAGUCCACCGCAAUACUCAUUGUCAAAGUCAACCGUUUCAGCCAUGAUGAAUCCAGUAUAGACAUACCUCAUUUUGGAUUUUCAAACCAGUAUCCGAUAGUACUAGAAGGGGAAACCAAAAUCAAUUCGCACAUUGGAAUUAAUGAACAGCAAAGUCCACUCGAUACUAUUCCAGAGCUCAGUCAAGUUUUAACUUAUCCAAUAUGUCAAAUGUACCAAGGUUCACAUUGUUCAAAAUACCUACAAGGUCAAAAUGUGUAUAUACCCGCAAAUUCUUCUCAGGCUCUUAUUGAAGGAAACCUAAAUUCAGCUUUUAAAGUAAUUACACGAUCUACUGAUAUGACAGCUGGUUGUGCAAAAUAUGCUGUACCCUCCAUUUGUCAUACUGCUUAUCCGUUAUGUAGAAAGGAUAAGACUAUACCUAAGCCGUUGCUUGUGUGCCAAGAGGACUGUGAACUAUUGGAAAACGACAUUUGUAGUCAAGAGCAUGCAAUUGCCAAAAAACAUCAUUUACUUGGACGUUUUGUGAAUUUACCUAAUUGUUCUUCUUUACCAAAAACUGAUUGUUUUGAACUCGGUAUUGAGAAACCUGAAGUGAAUGAUGAUGAAAAGUGUUAUUGGGGAUUAGGAGUUUCAUAUCGGGGUACAACAUCAUCAUAUCAAAAUCUAUCAUGUGUACGUUGGAGUCAACAGUUAAUUGUAAAAACAUCUGAUUAUAAGGAAUUACAAGGAGGUCAUCGUUUCUGUCGCAAUCCAGGAUCUGAAGAAAAUGAACCUUGGUGUGUUGUUGAAAUGCCAGACACAGGUCAAAUGAAAAAAGUGAUUUGUGAUGUUCCACAUUGCAUGAGAACUCUACAAUUACCAAUCUUCAUUGUAAGCACAGUCAGUAUUUCUUUAUUUAUUGUGCUGGUGGUAAUGGUAAUUUGCUGUAUUCGAAGAAAAAGUAAGCGGCAGAAUUCAGCAAUACGUCGUAGGCUGCCUCCUUAUACAAAUCAAAAACAAGACAUUGUAAAAGGUAAAACUAAUGGCCUAGAAUUAUCAUCAUUAAUACCAGGCUCAAGUGCUUCAAGUCAAAAAUCAGAUAAAUACUGUAAAGUUAGACAAUAUGCGUUGGGUGAAAUCACAUUCUUACAAGAAAUUGGAGAAGGUGCUUUUGGCAAAGUUUUCAAAGGUCAAGUGCCUAACGAUAUGGGUACCAUAAUUAUGGUAGCCAUCAAGACAUUGAAAGAAGGUGCAAGUGCUAAGACAGCAGCAGACUUUAAACGUGAAACUGAUUUAAUGGGAGAAUUACGACAUCCAAAUGUGGUUUGCUUGGUAGGCAUGUGUGCACGUCCAGCAUGUUUAUUGUUUGAAUACAUGGUUGGUGGUGACUUACAUGAAUUUCUAAUGGCGCGUUCUCCACAUUCACCAAAUUCCCCAAUAGCACCACCACUUAACCAGGCAGACUUUAUGUAUAUUGCUACCCAGAUAGCUUCAGGUAUGGAAUAUUUAUGCAGCCAUCAUUAUGUGCACAGAGAUUUAGCUGCUAGAAAUUGUUUAGUUGCUGAAAAUCUUACAGUAAAAAUAUCAGAUUUUGGUCUUUCAAGGGAUAUUUACUCAUCUGAUUAUUACAGAGUACAAUCAAAAUCGUUGUUACCUGUGAGAUGGAUGCCACCCGAAUCCAUUCUAUAUGGCAAAUUUACAACCGAAUCUGAUGUUUGGAGUUUUGGUGUUGUAUUAUGGGAAGUUUAUAGCUAUGGUUUACAACCAUAUUAUGGAUAUAGCAAUCAGGAAGUGAUUGAAAUGAUUCGCUCGCGUCAACUCCUUCCGUGCCCUCAAGAAUGUCCAUCAAGAAUGUACUCGUUAAUGAUGGAGUGUUGGCAUGAGGCACCUGUCCGGCGACCGAAUUUCACAGAAAUUCACUCUCGGCUCAGACAAUGGGCAGCUAUGUCUGUAUCAACAGCACCCACCAUGACAUACUCUAUGGUGCGCCCUGGAAGUCAAUCUGAUCGCACAGGUGUUGCUCGUGUUCAAUAUUAAAACAAUUAUUUGAUCAUAUUCUUCUGUGACAUCACAAGAAUUCAUAAUUAACCGUCUUCCACAUGCAAAAUUUUAUUUGUGCCAUACAUUUAACAUUUGUUCAAACUAAAUUUUCUUGUGCAUACUUCAUCUGCCGUGUUCAAAUUCAUUCAUGUAUGGAAAUAGGAAACAUUACGCUUUUAAGUCAUGGGUGAUGAAAGCACCAGUGUAUGAUUGAAUUCUUUAAAACCAUAAUAUAGUUAUUUGGUUGUGUUGAUUUUGUUAGAGUUGUGACGUCAAGAUAGUAGUUUUGUCUUGUACUUAUUAAUAACCUACUACUACUACUUUAAUUAUUAUUACUUGUCAGGUGUACAUAUGUGUUUUUAUUGUACAUACACAAAUAAUGUAUUAUAUAAUUUAUUAUUUAUUAAUUAUU